AUGGCAAAUCAAGAACAGUGGAUCAAGAACAUAGGCAAAACGGGGCCAGGAGGAAAGGGACCGGUCCAGUACAGCCCAUCACGACGAAACCUGGCCUCGACUGAGCACUCCGAUGACCCGCGGCCAGACCUGGUUUCCCAAAACCCUCCUCGAAUCAGCCAGAAUCUGGGCAAUGAGAUCUUCUCAAACCCCGAACUCCUUGAUCUUAUAGCCAAGAAAGUUCAGGACGAGGUUGACAAGAAGGUCCCAAGUAAUAAGCCAACGCAGACUCAAAACGAAGACGUCGACUAG